AUGAACCGGAUGUACGACUCGAUGGAGCCGAGAGUGAUAGACGACGACAUGCUCAAGGUGGCUGUGGGGGAGCAGGGUCCACGGGAGGAAGCUGGGCAGCUGGCCAAGCAGGAGGGCAUCCUCUUCAAAGAUGUUAUGUCCCUGCAGCUGGACUUUCAAAACAUCCUCCGCAUCGACAAUCUCUGGCAGUUUGAAAACUUGAGAAAGCUGCAACUGGACAACAACAUCAUCGAGAGGAUCGAGGGCCUGGAGAACCUCGUACACCUUGUCUGGCUGGAUCUGUCCUUCAACAACAUCGAGGCCAUUGAGGGGCUGGACACACUGGUGAAUCUGGAGGACCUAAGCUUGUUCAACAACCGGAUCUCCAAGAUUGACUCCCUGGAUGCUCUGGUCAAGCUGCAGGUGCUGUCUCUGGGCAACAACCAGAUUGGCAACAUGAUGAACCUCAUUUACCUGCGGAAGUUCAAGUGCCUGCGGACACUCAACCUGUCUGGGAACCCUAUUGCCGAGGCAGAGGAUUACAAAAUGUUCAUCUAUGCCUACCUUCCUGAUCUUGUGUACCUGGACUUCCGGCGCAUUGAUGACCAUGCGAAAAAGAUGGCGGAGAUGAAGCACCAGUACAGCAUUGAUGAGAUGAAGCACCGGGAAAACCAGAUGCAGAUCAAGCAGGAGGAAGAGCAAGCCCGGCGGAUGAAGCUGGAGGAACACAAGAUGGCAUUCAUUGAGCGCCUGGAUGACUCCUACCUUUUCGACAGCAUGUAUGCAGAGGAUGUGGAGGGCAACAAGCUGUCCUACCUGCCUGGUGUGGGAGAUCUCCUAGCGGCAUAUAAAGACAAAUUUGUCAUCAUCUGUGUGAACAUUUUUGAGUAUGGCCUGAAACAGCAGGAGAAGCGGAAAAUAGAGCUGGACACCUUCAAUGAGUGCAUCCAGGAGGCCAUCCAAGAAAACCAGGAGGAGGGCAGACUCAAGAUUGCCAAGUUCGAGGAGAAGCACUUCAUGAAUUUAAAUAGCAUCCGAGAAGAAUCUGAUCUGCUCAACAUUGAGAAGAAGAUAAUGGAGUGCAGUGAGGAUAUCACUGAGCUAUUCAACGUGCUCAUGACACUGGAGAUGCAGCUGGUAGAGCAGCUGGAGGAGACCAUAAACAUGUUUGAAAGGAACAUCAUUGACUUGGUGGGACUCUUUAUCGAAAAUGUCCAAGGCUUUAUGGCUCAGUGCCGGGACCUUGAAAAUCACCACCAUGAGAAACUCCUGGAAAUCGCCAUCAACACCCUAGAGAAGACUGCUAAGGGUGAGAUAGACGACGACCUCCCUGAGGAUGUGCGCUCGCUUUUUAUCGACAAAGACACGGUUGUUAAUGCUGUUGGGGCAUCGCAUGACAUCCACCUCCUGAAGAUUGACAAUCGAGAAGAUGAGCUGGUGACCAGGGUCAACUCUUGGUGUACACACUUAGUAGACAAAAUUCACAAGGAUGAGAUCAUGAGGAACCGCAAGCGAGUGAAAGAAAUCAAUCAAUACAUUGACCACAUGCAGAACGAGCUGGACAACCUGGAAUGUGUCGAUAUCGUAGAUUAG